AUGGACUGCGCCAUGCUCAGCAUCAAACUUCACGAGAGAGUGAGGAAUGUCGAGAUCCGACGCCGCACCAAGAUGCAGGAUGAGAAGUGGGAUAUGGAUUCACAUAGUAGGAGCAGGUCCCGUAGCCCGGUGCGGUGGGACAACACGCGACUGGAACGACGAGAACGCAGCAGCAGUAGCCGCAGGCGCAGCCGUGAGCGUACACCGAGGCGUUGGGCUCCUUGGCGGCCGCGAGAAUCUGUGGAUCGCGAGCCGCCUGCUGCGCUGGAUGAACCUGGUAGGAUCAAUCCAAAUUAUUAUGGUGUUAUGGUGAAACCUGACAUUAUCCCGGAGUUUGAUCCUGAGAAGUCGGAGCUACCAGCGCAACAAUGGCUCAACAAAAUUGAACAACUGGGCGCAAUUCACGAGUCGCAAAGUCGUCAGGAUGGACGAGUGUCAAUAACGGCCAUAGAAGUCUCUCGAGCAGCAAAUAGAUGGCGCAACGGUUGCGUCGAUGGAGCAACGUCACUGCCAUCAACACGUCACACCACUCCGUUUCUAUCAUGGCCGCAAGAGGGCACUCGCUCGUUGCAACUAUGGCGCCAGCAUUCCUACCAAACGGACCAAUCAGCGACGUUCGUACCAAUCACGCCACUGGAACCUCGCAACGUUAUUAGCCGAGGCAACUGUAACAAGAUUAUUGGAGGGGAGUUCGUUAUCUAG